AUGAAGGUCGAGAAGGUCUAUCUGCGCAACCCGGUUUUCAUGUCACGUACAAAGGUUCCAAAGAGACACGAUAAAUGUAUGAAGCCGUCUGCGAUAUGCAAGGACGUACAUGACUUUCUCGCCGAAGGAGACUACGCAGCAGCAACAUACAUCAGCACAUCUUACACCCUAGCAAUCUACAGCAAAUGGGACGUCCUCCUUAUGGGCAGUCUAGAUUCUUUGGCAUCCCUCUUUCAGCACGUUGAGAUCCGCGAUAUAGACGAAAGCAAGAGCCAAAUAAUUGCCGCUGUACCUAGGCGUAAGUCGUCCAGUAUAUCAAUGCCGAGCUAUCAGGCACCAAGACCACCGGGACCAAAUGACUUCCAAGUUCGUGCCUUCUCUAUAAUGAGCCGGAUAGACGCGACCGCGAAUGAGAUAAAGGAGGAGAUGACGAAGACGUGCGAGGCGGUAAAAGAAGCACUUGCGGAUUGUGAUAGUCCCGAAGCUCUUGCGAAACUCAAAUGCCUGGACGAUCUUGUAUGUUCCUGCGGGGCCGCUGUCGCAUUCCUAGCAUCUAUCAACCCCUCCCUGACUGCCGCUUCCUCCCACGUAGAUGCUACUAGCCCGACUGUAACGCCUAUAAUCAAGACCCGUGCCAUCGUCGAUGAACAUAUAGAUUUCUCGUCCCUGCUUAGCAACAUAUCACUUAAAGGGGAAGCGCCUGCAUCGGAGUCAAUGUCGGAGGAGGAAGCACAGGAAAAGCCAGAGAGGAAGAAGAAGAAGCCCGGGGACAGCAAGACAGGCAAGGGACGGAAGAUAUGGAUAGAAAAGAACAAACGGAAAAACUCAGAAAGCAGUAGUUUCACGCAGAUUGCUACUUCCGACCUCGAGAUUGGUGAUACCGACGACUACGAGGAGGACUUCCACGAAUACUCCGACUCGGAACAAGAUGAGUACGAUCUGCUUUCAUCGGGGUUUAACGUUGGCAUGUCGGGAGUCGUAAGGGGGAAUGACGAAGAGAAGGAGGAAUCUGCUGACACUGAUACGCCGCCACACCUUACCCCAGCUUGCGAGAGCCCUGUAACGUCCGACGCAGAAUCCACCAUAUCUUCGGCUUCGGGCAGCGUGGUUAUAUCGAGGUCAAGACGCAACCCUGUAUCGUCCAACGUGUCAGCGAGCUCCUCUACGGCAUCAGCCAAACCAGUUUUCGUAAGACAUGGAAGCACAAGAUCUACCUCUGUUCCUACUGCCCCUCCAUCUUCUUCCUCCUCUGUAUCGGGAUCGACGGCACCAGUGAUAGUCCUCCGUCGCAGGUAA